AUGACUACUGCAUUAAAUGUAUCUUUUCGAUAUAUUCGAAUGCAAAAUUCAUCAGCGCAAAUCUAUGAAAACAUUUCUCCUAAAAUUUUUUGUGAUUUUAUUGAAGCGAUGGUUGCACUUACUGCUGCGGAUUUCCCAAUCGAACGAGCAGCAGUUACUGAUAAGCAUAUCAUUACGAAGAAUGAUACAGUACUAUUAAAAACUUUUUGGAUGUACGGAAAAGUGAAUUUUUAA